UGGAUGGCAUUAAAUAAUAAAUAUUUUAAUUUAAUUUUUUUAAUUUUUAAUUUUAUUUUUCCAAAAUUUUCUUCUCUUUUUAAUUCCCCACCAAGUGAUUUAUUGCCUUGUCAAUUCCCAUCUUCAAAUCCUUUAGAACUUGCAACUUUUUGUCAAUUACCAUACCAUCAAGUGCCUUUAAUUUGUGAUCCCGGUGGGAUAUUGUCUAGAACAGAAGCAGAAUUAAUUGACCGCCAACUUAAAACACAAGUAUUUAAUAAUUUAACAAGUUGUAUUUGCCCUUUACGUCCAUGCAUACAAAAAGACAAAAAAAUGGGGCAAUUGCGUGUUUUUGGAUUAUUAGUGCCUACAGCUAAUGGAAAUAGAAAAAAUAAUAAAAAUUUAACAUCAUCGAAUGAACUUAAUCGUUUAACUGGUCUAUUUGCUCGUAUUUCACUUGACAGACUUUUAACAGGCUUUGGGGUGGAUACGAGGGAAAGAUGUGAUCCCGAUCUUUUUAUUCUCUACAUUGACAGUUGGUGGGUUAACCAGAAACAUUCUAGAGAACCUUUUAUAGCCAGAAUAUUUAGAAGAAAUUUGGCCAAUUUAAGAGACUAUUCAUUAGUAGAAAGAGUAAAUGGAAGAAGCAGUCCUUUUGAAAUUAUGAAUGACUAUUUACUCAAAUCCUUAUUAAUGUCUACAAAACAACAAUUAUUUAAUAAAGAAAUACCUACAAAAAAUACAGGAAACACAGAAAACACAAAAAAUACAAAAAUAAAAUCAGAAGAAGAAUCAGAAUUAACCGUUAAAAAAGGACAUAGUAUUCCUCUCUGGGCUAUUUUCUCAGCUUUAAUUCUGGUUUUAAUGGCUUUAUUUGCUCUGUUAUUAGCCCAUUUAGUUGGAAGACGUGUGGCUUUAGCUCAACAGCAGAAAAAAUUUUCUUCUGCUAGCCGAAUGAGCAUGAGAAGUGCUCGACCAGACGAAUCCUUAUUAAUGAGUGGAGGUGGGGGAGCAUCAACAACAACCAAAAAUACCCAAAAUAAUGUUUCUACAGGAGGGGGUAAUUCUGCAAGUGGAGGAGGAUUGCCAUCGUCACAUUUAAAAAGUCAAAUGAUGUUUAGACAGUUUGGGAGAAAGUGUCAAUCUACAACAAAUUCUGGUGGAGGACAGGCAAAUAUUGUUAGACAAAAAAUUUGA